AUGCGAAUUGGCUUGGAAGCUGUGGCCGAUACAACAGAAAUAAAACAUUCCUUUCCUGAAGGAAAGGAGUGCUCCAGAGUUUGCAGCAAGGACUGUGAACACAACUACAUCGGAGAAAUUGGAAAGCCAAUCAGCACAAGGAUCAAAGAAGACCAACGAAAAUGCAGAAAAAUGGAUGCGGAAAGAUCGGAGAUAGCUGAACACAUUGCCCUUAUCGGCUACACAAUUGCUUGGAAUGCAACGGAAAGACUGGCCUCAAAUGGGGAAAACACCAGGAAAAGGAAGAUCAGAGGGUCUGUGGACAUCCUCUUUUAA